GUCCUUUCACAGAUGUUGUCACCACAAACCUGAAACUCGGCAAUCCUACAGACAGAAAUGUGUGCUUCAAAGUUAAGACCACAGCACCACGUAGAUACUGUGUAAGGCCCAACAGUGGAAUUAUCGAUGCAGGAACAUCAAUUAAUGUUUCUGUGAUGCUACAGCCUUUUGACUAUGACCCUAAUGAGAAAAGUAAACACAAGUUUAUGGUUCAGUCUAUGUUUGCUCCAGCUGAUACUUCAGAUAUGGAAGCAGUAUGGAAAGAAGCAAAGCCAGAAGAACUCAUGGAUUCGAAACUUAGGUGUGUGUUUGAGCUACCAGCAGAAAAUGAUAAGCCUCAUGACAUAGAAAUAAAUAAAAUUGUAUCCACAACUGCAACAAAGACAGAUUCCUCUGUAAUGUCUAAAUCAAUAAGUUCUUCUUUGGAUGACAAUGAAGUUAAGAAAGUAAUGGAAGACUAUAAGAGGCUUCAAGUAGAAGUUCAGAGGUUACGGGAGGAGAAUAAACAGUUUAAGGAAGAAGAUGGUCUGCGGAUGAGGAAGGUCCCCCAGACAAACAACCCAAUAUCUGCUUCUGCAGCUGCUGUCAAGGAUGAAGGGCUCAGCUCCAGACUACUUGCUUUGGUGGUUUUGUUCUUUGUCUUUGGUGUAAUUAUAGGAAAAAUAGCCUUGUAGAGGCAGCAUGCUGGAAAUUGUAAAUUGGUUUGAUGGUUCUGCCAUAUCAUUGGAUUAAAUUUAUUCAUAACGAUGUUUAAAAAAAAAAAGAAAAAAAAUCAAUGUAUGACAUCUCACAGGUCUUGCCUUUAAAUUACCCCUGCACAAAUACUAUGUAACAUAAUCUAGAAAGUUUCAAACCUGUCAUGAGGGAACGAAUGCAAGAGAAUAGGCUUCAGUGAUGAAAGGGGGGGAAGAAAAUCGUGAUUUAACACUACAAUGGAAUAUUGUAUAUGUCAUUUUAAACAUUCUUAGACCCUGGUACAUGUUGCUGGAUUACCUCUUUUUAAAAAAAAAAAAAAAAAAGGAAAAAAAAGGAAAACUAGAAAAACCUCUUCCUCCAGUGCUGGAGCUGGCCCUAGGGAUGUUUGGAGUGGGUGGUUAGGCAGGAGGUGUUGAUAACUUCUGUAAAAUAACAUUCAGCCACCGUUCUGCUCCUGAAUUGAACAGUUUCUGUCAGUGUCUUCACCUCUGUGCAGGUUCCCAAGUUCUUGGCACUUGAGGGAGUGGUGGGAAGCUGGGCAGAAGUGGCUGUGGCUGUGGGAGGCAGCGAGAGGCACCGAGGGCUGUGGCCUUGUGCUCCCCGAGGGACCAAGCUACAUUGCUGUUGGUUCAUUUAGUUGAAUUAAGAUGUUCUUCAGAGAUGUUUAAUGCAUAUUUAACUUAUUUAAUGUAUUUCAUCUCAUGUUUCCUCCUUGUCACGGAACUAAUACUAUGUGGUAUCCAAGGCACCUGUUAAAGCCAGUGACUAGAACUAAACGUUUGCUGCUGUAGUGGUGCAAAGAUUCUUCUGCCUCCUGGUGUUUUUGGGCACUACACGAUUGUUGGGGAGUUUUGAUCAUCUGAGCAUUGGAGAAACAGUGGUCAGGAAACUGGUUUUGUAUGUAAAUAAGUCUAUCUAGGGGAAAAAAAAACUAUUAGUAGUAAAUUAGUCCUAUGCCGUAAAGACCAAUCCUGUUUGACUAUGUAGCAUCU